GAAAUAAGUUCAAUUAGAAAAGGUAUUGAAGCAUCUGAAUCUGAAUUGAACAAAACAAAAUUGGAUCCUGAACUUAUUCAUGAUGAAGCAAAAUUCUAUUGCGGCUAUUAUUUGCAUGGUGGGAGUAAAUACGGCGUUCCAAAAAAUGAUGAUGUGGCAAUUGUCUAUCUCCAACAAGCGGCAGAUGCUGGGAUAGUAGAGGCACAGACAUAUUGUGCAAAAAUAUACCUUUACAGCAUCGAUGAUUCAGAUAUGUUUAACGGAAGAAAAUGGCAACAGUUUGGCCAAGAGAUUGAUAAAAUGAGUGCAAUAAAGUAUUGGAAGAAAGUAGAAAAGAAAGGAAGUAUAAUCGCGAAGGGAAGGCUAGGUAUGUUUGAUGAAUGA